GAUACAUUCGCUCAUUUCACAACUAUAACUAGCCUAGUAUCUUAGAUACUGUAUUUGCAUUGUAACCUAUUGUAGCACUUGCAGUCAAUACAAAUAAUACAUGUAUGUACCUUACACAUUUUGCUGCUUUCGAUAAUGCCAUUUGUGUUACAAUGUAUCUAUUUUGAGUGAAGGGGCACACGAAUUAUGGUUUAACUUAGUCAGUAAUGUAUUGUGUGUGUGCAUGAUCACGUGUUUAAAUCGACCGCCUUCAAGACUGGUUCAAACUCGUAUCUAUCCACGGACGACAACCUUAUUCAAAUUCACCAGUCACUGCAGCAGUUUUUCUUUGACUGACCGAGCGAGACAGCAUUCCACUUGAAACCUCUUGUGGACAAAGCUAUUCUCCUGCUAUGGGUAGUUUCUGCCACCUAAGAAGUCGGUGUCUCCUCAGCCAGUUCGGCCUACCAUUUGUCAUGCAUCGACAAUACAGCCUCGACAUUUCUGCUCAACUUCUCCGAACGCAGGGCUAUGUGAACGGGCAAUGGAUCAAUGCUCCCUCUACCUUCCCAGUGCUGGACCCAGCGACGGGUGAAGAGAUUGCGAACGUCGCAGACUGCGGUCCAGCAGAAGCUAAACUAGCUGUCGACGCAGCCUACAAGGCAUUCUACUCCUGGAAACAUCACACAGCGAAAGAAAGAAGUGUCCUUCUACGGAAAUGGUACGAUCUGUUGACGUUGAACAAGGAGGACCUUGCUAAGCUGAUCACCUUUGAGUGUGGCAAGCCCAUGAAGGAGUCCCUGGGGGAGAUUGCUUACGCUGCUGGCUUCCUGGAAUGGUUCUCUGAGGAGGCGCGCCGUGUCUACGGGGAUGUUGUGCCCUCGGCUGCCAAGGACCGUAAGAUCCUUCUGCUCAAACAGCCUGUGGGUGUGGCCUCAAUCAUCACUCCGUGGAACUUCCCCAGUGCUAUGAUCACCAGGAAAGUGGGUGCUGCCCUGGCCGCGGGCUGCACCGUCGUGGUGAAACCUGCUGAGGACACACCCCUCUCUGCCCUGGCGCUCGCUGAGCUGGCGAGUCAGGCCGGGAUCCCUGCGGGGGUGUUUAACGUGGUGCCCUGCUCCAGAGAGAAGACCCCCUCCGUUGGGACAGUCCUCUGCACAGACCCCCUGGUGGGGAAGGUCUCCUUCACUGGAUCCACUGCCACUGGCAAGAUUCUCUUGAAGCUCGCCGCCGACACCGUCAAGAGGGUUUCAAUGGAGCUGGGUGGCCAUGCCCCCUUCAUUGUGUUUGACAGUGCAGAUGUGGACAAGGCUGUGACGGGAGCCAUGAACUCCAAGUUCAGGAACUCAGGACAGACAUGUGUCUGCUCCAACCGCUUCCUGGUCCAGAGUAGGAUCCACGAUUGCUUCAUAGAGAAGUUGGGGAAAGCCAUGGACGCAGAGCUCCGUCUGGGCCACGGCUCUGACCCAAACACCACCCAGGGACCCCUCAUCAACGUCCGUGCCUCUGAGAAGGUGGAGCACCAGGUAAUGGAUGCAGUGUCGCGGGGGGCCAAGCUGCUAAGGGGAGGGAAGCGUCUGGACGGCUCGUUCCAUCAGCCCACUCUACUGGCUGAUGUCACCACAGACAUGCUGUGUACCAGAGAGGAAACCUUCGGUCCUCUCCUGCCUGUCAUCAGGUUUAACACAGAGGAGGAAGCACUUGCCAUUGCCAAUGCAUCUCAUGUGGGUUUAGCAGGGUACUUCUUUUCCCAGGACGUCAGUCAGAUCUGGCGGGUGGCGGAGAAUCUGGAGGUAGGCAUGGUGGGGGUCAACGAGGGUCUCCUCUCCACCCCAGAGGCCUCCUUCGGCGGGGUCAAACAAUCGGGCCUGGGCCGUGAGGGCUCCAAGUACGGCAUCGAGGAGUACCUGGACGUCAAGUACAUGUGCUUUGGAGGGCUAACCCCCUGAGGGUCCACUGCACCCCCGCCCCCCAAGUAGGAAGCGGUGACUUUGGGAAAAGGGAGGAUUCUUAGGCUCUAGUAACAGUUACUUACUCAUAUUUCACAUAAAAAACUACAAUGGAUUACAAUAAUCAAAUAUGAUUCCUUCACAAAUGGUUGUGAUUCUGACCCUCUGCAUAUGUUGUCAUUGAGAGCCUUCAUCGCUCAGAUACAGGGAAAGAAAUAUUAACAAACAUAUGUUAAUGCAGUACAACUUAACUGAGAGUCCUGCAGGCUGGUAUGGAGUAUAGGAAAACCUUUCAUAGUAUUGACAAUGCCAUUGGUGGUUGCACUAUUAUCGCUAACGCCAUGGUUCAUAGAUAGAGUUGAAGUCGGAAGUUUACAUACACUUAGGUUGGAGUCAUUAAAAAUAGUUUUUCAACCACUCCACACAUUCCUUGUUAACAAACUAUAGUUUUGGCAAGUCGGUCAGGACAUCUACUAAGUCAUUUUUCCAACAAUUGUUUACAGACAGACUAUUUCACUUAUAAUUCACUGUAUCACAAUUCCAGUGGGUCAGAAGAUUACAUACACUAAGUUGACUGUGCCUUUAUACAGCUUGGAAAAUUCCAGAAAAUUAUGUCAUGGCUUUAGAAGCUUCUGAUCGGCUAAUUGACAUCAUUUGAGUCAAUUGGAGGUGUACCUGUGAAUGUAUUUCAAGGCCUACCUUCAAACUCAGUGCCUCUUUGUUUGACAUCCUGGGAAAAUCAAAACAAAUCAGCCAAGACUUAAAAAAAGUAUAGUCCUCCACAAGUCUGGUUCAUACUUGGGAGCAAUUUCCAAAUGCCUGAAGGUACCACGUUCAUCUGUACAAACUGUAUAAACACCAUGGGACCACGCAGCCGUCAUACUGCUCAGCAAGGUGACGCGUUCUGUCUCCUAGAGAUGAACGUACUUUGGCGCGAAAAGUGCAAAUCAAUCCCAGAACGACAGCAAAGGACCCUGUGAAGAUGCUGGAGGAAAUAGGUACAAAAGUAUCUAUAUCCACAGUAAAACAAGUCCUAUAUCGACAUAACCUGAAAGGCCGCUCAGCAAGGACAAGCCACUGCUCCAAAACCGCCAUAAAAAGCCAAACUACGGUUUGCAACUGCACAUGGGGACAAAGAUCGUACUUUUUUGAGAAAUGUCCUCUGGUCUGAUGAAACAAAAAUGUAACUGUUUGGCCAUAAUGACCAUUAGGUUUGGAGGGAAAGGGGAGGCUUGCAAGCCGAAGAACACCAUCCCAACUGUGAAGCACGGGGGUGGCAGCAUCAUGUUGUGGGGGUUCUUUGCUGCAGGAGGGACUGGUGCACUUCACAAAAUAGAUGGCAUCAUGAGGUAGGAAAAGUAUGUGGAUAUAUUGAAGCAACAUCUCAAGACAUCAGUUAAAGCUUGGUCACAAAUGGGACUUCCAAAUGGACAUUGACCCCAAGCAUACUUCCAAAGUUGUGGCAAAAUGACUUAAGGACAACAAAGUCAAUGUAUUGGAGUGGCCAUCACAAAGCCCUGACUUCAGUCCCAUAGAAAAUAUGUGGGCAGAACUGAAAAAGCAUGUGCGAGCAAGGAGGCCUGCAAACCUGACAUUACACCAGCUCUGUCAGAAGGAAUGGGCCAAAAUUCACCCAACGUAUUGUGGAAAGCUUGUGGAAGGCAACCUGAAACGUUUGACCCAAGUUAAACAAUUUAAAAAGGCAAUGCUACCAAAUACUAAUUGAGUGUAUGUAAACGUCUGACCCACUGGGAAUGUGAUGAAAGAAAUAAAAGCUGAAAUGAAUCACUCUGGUAUUAUUCUGACAUUUCACAUUCUUAAAAUAGUGGUAAUCCUAACUGAUUGUUACUAGGAUUAAAUGUCAGGAAUUGUGAAAAACUGAGUUUAAAUGUAUUUGGCUCAGGUGAAUGUACAUUUCCGACUUCAACUGUAUGUGUAAGAAGCUGCCGAGAAAUCCAUGUCUCAAGUUUCAUGCUCUACAUCGUUUCCUCUCCUCAUCCUCUCUGACCACUGGCCUAUAAGAACUGGUGAAGGGAAAGCAAUAUGGUGACAACCCAAACCAGUUAUCCCGGUCCGUUAAAAGGAGAGUUAAAGACCCAGUGCAGUCUAAACAUGAAUUUCCAAUGUUUUUAUAUAUAUUUCUACACUGAGGUUGGAAAAUGGUGAUAAUGCCAUUUUAGUUUAAUAGCUGCUUGGAAAGCUGCUUGGAAAGUCUGAAAUAUCAGGGAUUUUUGGUGGGAUGGAGUUUUGGUCUGCCUGGUGACAUCACCAGGUGGUAAAUUCUCGGCCAAUAACCACUUAUUUUCAGUUUCCCCCUCCUCACUCAGACCACUCCCAGGUAGUCUUAGCAAAAUUAUUGUUUGAGAAAUUGCUCUUUGCUAAGAAGCUAUAUUUGUUGCUUUGUUUUCAAUUAUAAUGGUCAAAAUCACAGUAAUGUACUUAAUUGUUACCAGAUAUUAUUUGAUGUUGAGAUAAAAACAGCUGCAUUGGAACUUUUAAAGGGUAGUCCCUUAAAGAGGAGGAGAGGAAGCCACAAUAGUAUUUGGACAUCACCCCAUACACUUCUCCAACCUGUGGGAUCCCAUAACGAUCUGGACCUACAAAUGUGUGUUCUCAAUGUAGGAUUGGGCCCUCAAUGAGGAGCACUGUGUAACUUGAUGCCUAGCGUAGAGUUGGGUAGAUUUAAUAAGCACGUCAAUUGCAAACGGUUGAGAUUAUUAAUAUGCACAAGAGACAUCUGUUUAAUAGGAAGAUGAUUUAUAUUUUGGCUUUUUUCCAGAAAAGGGAGCUUGGCUGUAUCCAAAUGCCAGCUGUAUUAGAUAUGUCACUUGAUCAUUAUGUAGUGAAAUUAUGAAUGACACUAUUUUGGUUACAAUUGUUGGGCUAAGCAUCCUCUGUUGUAAAUAGUUUUUAAAAAACUGUCCUUACUACUUAAAAACUACUUAAAAACCAUCUAUUGUAGACCAUGCCCCUACAUUAUAGGAUAUGGUGUUGUCGUUGUUAACUAGUCUUCCCACAUACAAUAUAUUACACAGCAGAGCUGCCUUCUGCUAUUCAGACAGGUGGUACACACUGCGUGCUGUAUCGGAGCCUGCAAUGUAAAUGCUGUGUUCUCUGAAACUGAAGUAAUGUCUCUUGCCAAACAUUGUCUCCUAAGUGCCAAUUGAAUGAUUUGACAAAUUCUGUUUUCUAGUUGUGACAUUGUUAUUGUAAAAAAUUAAAUAAAAAUAUAUUUCUAACUAUUGUAAAUAUUA